AUGUUGGUAACGUUGCCGCGACAUCAACCCCAACAUUAUUUUGACGUGCCGUUGCGUGUCCCAAAAGCGGCGAGAACGAAAUAUUUCGCGCCAGACGUCUCAUCAUCCCACCACCGGGUUUCCGUGUUCCCGCCCCGGCUAUCCUCUCGUCGUCUUGCGGUACGGCUACUCCAGGUGUUCUCGUGCGGUGUCGGCGAGUGCGUCGGCGGUGACGGGAGAGACCGAAAACAGGCCGCCCCCGUGCCGUCCCUCGCCGGGUUUCCCACCGUGUGGAUGGCGUGCGGGAACAGCCACUCGGUGGUUAUCGGAGCCGGAGGUGACGCACUGGGUUUCGGUUUGAACACACACGGUCAGCUCGGGGUAGGCGAGGUAGAAGGUGGCGAGAGGCCAGCAGUUCUGCACCCCCGACCGAUCGUCGGAACGUUCUCCAAGCCUCUCACCUUGCGCCCCGCCGCGGCGGCUGCCCCAGACGACGCGCCCUCGCCCCGAGAUUCAAACGCCACGGGAGCCGCCAGCGCCACCUCCACUAGGCCCGCUCCCGCCGGCGCGGAAGGCGCCGCCGCCGCCGUCGCCGCCGCCGCUGCCGCCACCGCUGCUGCCGCCGCCAGCAGGGUCGGUGGUGAUGGCGCCAGCGGCGGCUGCAUGAAGAGCGGGGCGACCCCGCCCGCGUUUCUGGCCGCCCGCGCGGCCUGCGGGCAGAGCCACACCGUGCUCGUCUCGACGGCGGGGGACGCUUGGGCCUGCGGCCGCAACCGGUCGGGCCAGCUGGGCGUCGAUCCCAACAUUGUUGGCGAGACCAGCACGCCGGUGAGGGUCCCGCUAGAGGGAGAAGGGGGAGGGGGGGGAGCGGUGGAGGCAGACGCCGUCCAAGCGGCCGCGGGCAGGGCGCACUCCCUCGUGCUGCUCUCCGACGGGAGGGUGGUCGGCUUCGGGAGCGACGAAUUCGGGGCGCUCGGACCUACUGAGCCUCCCGCCGCCGCCGCCGCCGCCGUUGGCGACAGCAUGGAGGUGGACACCGCGACGCCCCGCUCUUGCUACCAUUGGAAGCCCACGGUCAUCGAGGCUCUCAGCGGGCGGUGGGUAGCCUCGGUGUCUGCCGGCGGCGAGCAAAGCUUCGUGUUAGCGGUGGGCCCGGCGCCGCCGCCGGCCGUUGGGGCGGGGGCGGGGACAGCCCACCCCGCGCCUCCCUUGCCUUCUUUCACGGGUGACGCCGCUUCUGUUGCUGGGGCCAUGGGAUGGCCAGACGAUAAGACUACCGUGGCGGCGGCCAUGUCAGUAGACAGCGAUUCGGCAGCGGAGCAGAAGUUCACGCCAGCACCAGCGGCCACCGAGAGCGAGGCACGCCGCGAAGGAGGUGGAGAAGAUGCGGGCGGCGGGCCGGGAAGCCUCGCCGGGGCCGCCGGCCCGCUCGUGAGACGGGGCUCCGAGGCGCUGUCUCUCCGGCGGCGGUUCUCGCUCCCGCCGACGCUGAGGAUGUGGACGGCGGGCGAGUUCCUGCAGCUGAUCAGGAGGGCAGAGGCAGCCGCGGUGGCCGGGGACAGCUCGGACGUGGAGGGGGAGGCCAGCCGCGGGGGCGCAGAAGAAGCGGCAGUGCUAGAGGCGGUGCGACAAACUUUCGCCUCGCCAUCGGUCCUGAGCGCGUGCUUCAACAUCGAAGCACCGGCAGAGGCCCGACACGGCAACCUGGGGAGGAAGCAGACGGGGGAAGGGAGGGGACAGGGGACGGCUUUCCCCCGGGUGGAUGCGGCGGGGUUGGAAGCUGUGUACGCGGGGCUCGCGGGUCUGGGGCCGAGGGUGGUGGAAAACACUGUGGUCGUCGAUCGAGGAGGGAUCCACCUUCUCGCGAAAUGUGGGGGAGUCUCCGGACCCGGGCAAGGACAUGGCCAUGGAGAGGAUCUGCAAGACGGUGCUCGGGCUCAAGGGGCACGCCCGCUGGUGGCUCAUGCGCAGGAGGACUAUUCUGCGGAACUUUUCUCCUCCCGACUGGUCAAGCCCAUGGUCGAGCACCUUUCCAUCUGGCUGAAGAGAGUGGGGCAGAGGAGGCCCUACUACCCUACCGCGGCUUUGCUACUCAAGUGGCUGCAUUCCAUCAACGAGCUCGAGGGGACGCCGAAGGUUCCAUACGAGGACUUUUUCAGUGACUACAUCUCAAACAUGCGCGCGGAUAACGUCGUGCAGGACCUGCUCACGUGGAAGGACCAGCAUCCCUCUGUUAGGAUCAAACGGUUCUUCCUUUGCGAGCACCCCUUCUUGAUGUCUACCGACUUGAAAAAGUUCUUGCUUAAGGCGGAAGCUCAAGUGGAGCAGGACAAGGCCGCCCAAGCCUCGGGGCACUACGUUCCCCUCGUAGGCGUGGUGAUCAACCCGUACUUGGUGCUCACGGUCAACAGGACCCACUUGCUCCAAGAAACGUUGGCACAGGGGACGCACUCGACUCAAAGAACGAUAAAUUCCGCCACUGCACCUGCCGUUCAUUUUUACGCGACCCUCUUGGCGUACGCUCCCUCCUCCCCCUCGUCUCUGUACUGUAUCUUCCCCACGUUGUGGCUUGGGGGGUUCGCACUCGACCCAAAACCACCCCCCUGUUGCGCUGCGUUCCCUCCUCACGUACCUCGCCCCGCAAAGGUUUCCCGGCUACCAGACGCGGACCUGCGGAAGCGGCUGAAAGUGGUUUUCCGCGGAGAGGAUGGCGUCGAUGAGGGAGGGGUUACGAAGGAGUUCUUCCAGCUGCUGACUGUCCAGCUGUUCGACCAGUCCUUCGGCAUGUUCGUGCCGGCGGGAGAGGGAGGCCGGGUGCUGUGGUUCAACAAGGACUGCGUCUGGGCCGACGAGGAGUACGGGCUGGUGGGCCUGUUGGUGGGGCUCGCGGUCUACUCGGGGGUGAUCCUGGACGUGCCCCUGCCGCUGGUGGUGUUCAAAAAGGUCCUCGGGGAGCAGCUCUCGCUAGAGGAUCUCGGAGACAUCGACCCCGGUCUACUCAAGGGUUUCCACCAGCUGCGGGAUUAUGAUGGCGGGGACGAUGAAGACGUCUUCGGCCUCGACUUCAGGGUAACUUGGGAUGACCUGGGGAUGGAGCGCAGCCACGACUUGGUGGAGGGGGGCGCGAAUAUCCCGGUGACAAGCGAGAACAAGGAGAGUUACGUGGAACUUUACGCGCAAUUUCUUCUGGUCGGGGCGGUCUCGCGGCAGAUGGACCACUUCAAGCAGGGCUUUCUUAGGGUCAUGUCCGGGGCGGCUUCGAUAUCAUUGUUCAGGGCGGAGGAGCUCGAAGUCCUCGUUACGGGAACGUCGGAGCUCGACUUCGAGGAGCUCGCCAAGGCCACCGAGUACGACGGGGGCUACGACGAGGACCACCGCACCAUACUGGCUUUCUGGCGCGCUGUGGGGCGGAUGCCUGCCGAGGAGCAACGGCGCCUCCUCAUGUUCGUCACGGGCUCGAAGAAGGCCCCACUUGGUGGGCUAGGCAAGCUCACGUUCAAGAUCCAGCGGGCGGGGCCGGACACGGACCAUCUUCCUACAGCCCACACGUGCUUCAACACUCUCGUGCUCCCGGAGUAUUCGGGAGAGGAAAAGUUGACGAGGCUCCUCAAGAGAGCCAUCGCGGAGUGCGAGGGUUUCGGGCUAAGGUAAUGCCGGUGGGCAGCCCUUCGUUUGAGGUCGCACAUGGAUUUGCACAGGCAGCGUCAUCGUAGACGAGGGCGAGCAGCAUUGUAUUGGGUCUGCAGUAUAGCCAAACCUUUAUUUGUUGGGCUGGGGGAUUUGGGAGCCGAAGAGAUGUGCAUGCAGUGGGCCGAUGUGAAACGAUUUUCGGGUGACCCUAAACGCGGAGACCUGAGUCGGGGUCGACCAAGACCCCGAAGACAGUAAUGUCAAUCACCGAGCGCGGGGAUUAGGACCGGGAAUAGCAGCGCGUCGGCGGGGACAUGGCAAGUGGUAUGGAAGAUCGUUGCGGUGGCUGCCUUGUGGAUAAAAUUUUCCGCGUAAUUGUUCAGGGAACCUUUUAACUGGUAGAUAUCUAUAGCGUAAUCUGUCGAAGCGCGGUACAAGUUGAUAACUUUAUGCGUUACGUUCGAUAAAUGAACUUGCAGAGUGCAGCCGAAUAGUUGGCGUCGUUCAUCAGAGUUUCUGGGUGUAUGGAGUUUAUGUAUGUGAAAUCAGUUUCGACAGAAAUGCGAUGGAGUUCUGGUGCUUCACGCCCGCUACGAAUAUCCGUUCAGCGCGUAGACUAUACCUGGUACAUUUCGACAAUACCUUGCGCGCCGGAUACAACAACACGCAACGACAGGGCUGUCGGGCG